AUGGACUCGAAUCUGAAAAAGCUGAAGAUAUGCAUAAUAGGCGCUGGCAUGGGUGGUCUCACCACGGCGCUGGCCCUCGCCAAGCGUGGCUUUGAAGACAUCCAUGUGUUUGAAUUUGCCAAAGACCUCGGAUUUGUUGGCGCCGGUAUCCAACUUGCCCCCAACAUGGCGCGCAUAUUAGACCGGCUGGGUGUCUGGGCAGAUAUUGAACGCGAGGCGGUCAUUCUGAAGGACACGUCAAUACGACAAGGUAGCACCGACGAAGAACUGGCCAACGUCGACCUGGGCUAUGUUCACUCCACUUAUGGCUAUGCACACAUGGUCGGCCAUCGUUCUUCUCUGGCUGGUUCCAUCUAUGCCGGCUGCCAGCGGGAAUCGGCCAUCAAAUUCCACUUCUCCACCUCGGCGAGCGGCGUCGAGACGUUUGCACCCAAGGUGUCUUUCGUAGCGACUCCCAAGGAUGGUGAACCCUAUCGCGUUGAAUGCGAUGUCCUCCUCGGUGCAGACGGUGUCAAAUCCAAAACACGAGUCGAAUUGCUCAAGACAAUCAACGCCACAGCAGAGGUCGAAGACUCGGGGCAAGCCGCAUACCGAAUCAUGUUGACGCGAGAAGAAAUGCAGCACGAUCCAGAGCUUCUGAAACUCAUCGACAGUGACCGAGCAACCCGAUGGAUCGGCGAGAAGCGACACAUCAUCGCGUACCCGGUCGCCAGCAAAACAAUAUACAAUAUCAGCACCGCGCAGCCAGACACAAACUUCGCAGCAGCACCCUCUGCCACAUACACCACCAAAGGGUCCAAGCCAGAGAUGCUGAGUGUCUACGCCGACUUCUGCCCCAUGAUCCAACGCAUGCUGAACCUCGUCCCCGAAGGCGAGGUCUGCGAGUGGAAGCUGCGGGUGCACCAACCCUUACCCACCUGGGUGCACGGCUCCGUUGCCCUGGUCGGCGACUCUUGCCACCCGACACUCCCCCAUCUCGCACAAGGCGCCGCACAGGCCAUCGAGGACGCGGCCGUGCUCGGCGUCGUCCUCGCGCGCCUACCGGAUACAACAGCCGAGUCCAUCAACAAGGCGCUGCGGGUAUAUGAAACGGUGAGGAAGGAGCGGGCCGAGAUGCUGGUGGCCCUCGCGGCGUCGUCCGGCAAGGCGAUGCAUCUGGGUGAAGGUGCGGCCAAGGAGGAGCGGGACAAGCAGUUUGCCAAGUUUAGGGAGGGAGGCAAGGGCGACGUGCCGGAUAAGUGGGCGGACGCCAAUGUGCAGAAGCAGAUGUAUGGCCACGACUGUAUGGAGGUGGCGGAGGAGACUUUUGCUGAGGAGUUUGGGAAGCUGUAG